AUGUUCUGUCUCGAGAACCUGCCUGAUGUGGCCGCCGACGCAGCAUUUGCUCUGAUCGAGCAGUACAAAGCAGAUUCGUCGCCGCACAAAGUUGACCUCAGCCCGGGCUUCUAUCGGGAUGAACAAGCAAAGCCUUGGACACUACCAUCUGUGCAACAGGUACUGUUUAAUUCUUCCUCAAAACAAAUCUGUACCAACAAUGACCAGGCUGAACGAGCAUUGUUCGAAGAUCCAUCCCGAGAUCAUGAACAUCUGCCUCUGCUCGGACAUGAACAGCUGCUAAGUAAAGCUCGAGACCUCAUCUUCGGCUUACCACUGGACCAGUCUGCUAGCAUUGCUUCGAUCCAGACCAUAGCAGGUACAGGGGCGAAUCAUCUUGGUGCUCUACUGUUGGCGCAAGCCUGUCGUUCACAGACCGUUUGGAUAUCGGAUCCAUCUUGGAUUAAUCACACGGAGAUCUGGAAGAUUGUUGACGAUGGCAUCCAGCGUCGAUCGUAUCCGUACUUCGAUCCAGAGCGUUUCACGAUCGAUUUCGAUGGCAUGUUGUCGACUCUAGGCACAGGAGCCCGGGAAGGGGAUGUGGUCAUCUUGCACGGCUGCGCACAUAAUCCAACAGGCAUAGAUCUGGAUAAAGCACAGUGGAGAGAAAUUGCAGCCUUGUGUGAGAAGAAGCGCCUGAUCCCGUUCUUCGACGUUGCCUAUCAAGGUUUCGCCUCUGGCGAUCUGAACGGUGACGCUUGGCCUAUUCGACACUUCUAUCGCAACACAUCAGUGGAGAUCUUAGUUGCUCAAUCGUUCUCGAAGAACUUUGGCCUCUAUGGGCAGCGUGUGGGCGUCCUGCACGUUGCCUGUCGGACUGAAACAGCCAGAGAGAAGACAGUCAGAACGCUGACACGUCUUUCCCGUGCCGAGAUCACCAGCUGCCCAAUCCAUGGAGCCCAAAUUGUGGCGCGAAUUCUGAGCGAAGAGAAUUUGGCAAGGCAGUGGCAAGAUGACCUGCUACACAUGAGCCAGCGCAUGUUGCGCAUGCGGACCCGAUUAGUGUCUGAGCUACAGCGGCUCCAGACCCCAGGCUCGUGGGAGCAUAUCUUGACUGAUGUGGGUAUGUUCUCGAUGACAGGAUUGCUGCCAGAGCAAAUCGAGGAGCUUAGAGAGCAACACCACGUCUACUUGCUUCCUUCAGGGAGGAUCUCGAUAACCGGAUUGACCGGGCAUAAUGUCGGUUAUGUAGCGAAGUCUUUCCACUCGGCCCUGGUCGAUUAUGGGACAUAG